AUGCUUGUCGCCGAUGCCGUCCCCGCUGGUGCCACCUCUGGCGCCACACGGCCUGGGCGCUGUGCCGUCGCCACACGGGAGCUGCAUGGCCUGGCGCUCCCUCGGCUCUUGGAACACCUGGCACCCGACGAGGCGCUGAGCAUCGCCUGGGCGUUGGCACUGCGCUUUUCCGGCUCAGGUCAUUUGCCGCAGCUACUGCAGAUGGCCCAAACCACCGAGCUUGCACCCACGAAGGCCACACAAGUGCAGCAGAUCGUUUUAUCUUUGGAGUCCGCGCCUGACAUGGGACGGGGAGGGAAGUCCACUGGUUGCCGCUGCGGCGCUCGGAGCACAUGA